CGAGCCGGAACGCCGAUCUCGUGGCAGCCUCUCCCUCCCGGGCCCGCUUUGGACCUCUCCCAGCGUGAAGUCUUAGAAUUUGUGCCCAAAGCCCAUACCCUUCCUUCAUUAAGGCUCGGCCUGUGCCUCGGUGGCCCGGAAGUUGCAGCUCCCCCGAUCCUUGGCGACUAGUGAGGAAUGUGCUGCAAAUGGGGAGCCCGGAGGCUGGGCUGGAGCCGCUCUGCCGGGGGGGGGGGGGAAAGAGGGAGGGGUCCUUCAGAGAGGCUCCAGGCCUGCCUGGAGGAGCCGGCUCUGCAGACCACAGGGGUCCUGCGGGGAAACCUUGUGGGGAAAUCGUGGUUAUCACUAGCGUUCGAAAUUCAUCCCAUGUCCGCAUUAUUAAGUGGAAGGCAAACUAAGGUGGUCGUCAGAUCUCAUUACUGAGUAGACUACUACUCUUUAGCUUUUCUAGGGGCUCUGUUGCUCGCGACCACAAUGAAAAAUGCAGACCGUGAUGAUCAGGCAAAUGGCACUCUUCCCAAGCUCAGGAGCUCAAAAGAAUGGUUGGAACCUGAGCCACUUGAUUUGGUGAAGGACUUAGACCAGUGUUUACAUCUUCAUGACUUCUUAAAUAAGAGAAAAAAAGAGAUGUUAUAUAAAAAAUGGGUUGAGCAAGUGGCAGAUCCUCUACAGAAGAAAAUUAUAGAAAAAGUUUGUUCACAUAAGAAUAUUGAAAAAAGAAGACAACAGGAAAUAGGUAGUUUUUUAAAACACGUAAAUAAAAAGGGAUGUCCAUUUAUAGAACAUUAUGAUCCAAAAGAGUAUGAUCCUUUUUAUAUGAAUAAAGAGGAUCCGGAUUAUUUUAAGGUUAUCAUGCAACCAUUCAAUGACCCUUUGAAAAAAAUACAACAUAAUAAGGAUAAUGAAAAAAGGAUUCUUUUUCAGUGUGAAACUGGCAAAAUAUAUACAGUGAACGAAUUUAAAGAGUUUCAGAAGACUCAACUGUUUUCCAGAUUCCCAAGUAUUUUAAAUUCAAGGCAGUUUAUGACUCCAAAUAAAUGGAUUAAAGUGCCUACCACGUACAUAGAAAGUGAAUUUUGUAAAAGGAGCAGGUUAAAAGUGAAAAAGAAUUUUAAUGAGAGUUUUGAUUGGAAACCCUUGGCAAGAACUUCUUAUCUUAUGGAACAUCAGGAAGAAGAAAAGGAAAUUAUUUUCAAAAACAAAGUGCCGUCUCCUCUGGAAAAAGAACCUCUCUGUUAUGAUGAAGGAAAGAAUGCAAAUUCCAAAGAGGCUAACUGUGAAAGGCACUUUUCUUCCUUGAGUCCCAGCCAGGAGGUAGCAAAGGAUGAAGAUCAGGAGGUGCAGUAGCAACCAAGGAACAUUAAUCCUGAUUCUUGACCUGUGAAGGAGGUUCAGUGAAGGUUACUUCGUGACAAAGUUACCUGCCAGGACCCAGAGAAGGAUUCAAGAAUUGUUCUGUCCUUAUCUGCAAUAAACUUCAUUUAAUUUUUAAA